AUGUCUGCAGACUUAUUUGCCGAGUUUGGGCACCAGGGCUCACCUUCCAACCCCCCAGCUGGUUCCCAUCAGCAACAUCCCAGAUUUCAAACGAACUCUUUGAUCCCCGAUUUGGACGGAUUCGAAGAAGCUACUUCGGCCUCUAGUCCUCAAAACGACUUAAAUAAUCAACAAUUUCUCUCACAUAAUUCACAAUCUUGGACAUCGCCUGGCCAUUCUGCAUUCGCUCUGAGCAACACCUCUUCGCAGUUUCAAGGUUACGAGGAAGACAGCAAUGUAUUAUUCGACGCUACUUUGGAGUCUGUCUCGGACAAUGAGAGCGAAGACUGGGGUGAUUUUGAGACUGCAGAGACAAUGACUGGCCAACGCCAGUCACAAGCAUACGCUGAACGGUCAACCAAACCUCAGGGUGCUCAAAGGUCACCAGGCUUAGCUACGCCAAUCAAUUUGAUGGACACAUUGUCCAUUGAGGAUGCAAAACCUCCGAUCCCUGGAAGAUCUACUGUUACACGGCGCACGAAUGAGCCUGUCUCAAAGACCAGAAUUUCCUCUCCCACUCCAUUGUCAAGCACCCCGGCACAUGAAGAGUCCUUUGAGGAAUGGGGUGAAUUUAUUGAUGGGCCAGUCGAAGAGCCUAUCUCAGCAGGAGUCUCUAAUGCUUCAGCGAACAAGGCAGCACCCGACAGGACUACUAACCCAACCGAGUCUGUUCGCGUUCCUUUACCCAGCCCUACAGCGCAAAAAGAGCGGGCCUCUGAGGCGCAAAUUCGGCCAACCAACAUACCUCCACCGUCAGUCCUAUUGGAGUUGUUCCCCAGGCUUUUUGAGCAACUGCGACAGGAAGCUACUACAGCAAGAAGGAAUCCGCAACAGAAAGACACAGUUGAGAAUGUUGCCUCCCUUGUGUUUUGCACUCUAAAAGCGGCUGCACGUGUAGUCGCGGGUCGCACUCUGCGAUGGAAGCGAGACAGUAUACUCAGUCAAAGUAUGCGUAUAGGUCCCGCCCGCGCCGGCAAGACAGGCGGAAUGAAACUCAGCACUGUCAAUAGGAACGAGAGUAUCAAAGAACAACAGGAGACGAUUGAUGUGCUCAAUACGUGGCGCGAUCAUACUGCGCUCUUCAGUUCUGUAAUUCAAGCCUCGGGAAGACGUCCGAUCCAAGUCAUCUCAGAGAAUGCUCGAGUGACAACGGCUACUUCGGCCCAGGGAGCCAUCAAAGCUGCUCAUGCUUGUGCGCUGUGUGGGCUCAAGCGCGAGGAACGACUACAUAAGGUUGACGAGAAUGUUGAGGAUAGCUUUGGAGAAUGGUGGGUUGAGCAUUGGGGUCAUACAGAGUGCAAAGAAUUCUGGGAGAGGAACAUGAAGCUAUUAGCCCAGCGGUAG